AUGGUUUCCAAGUUCUUCACCUCCCUCGUCUCCCUCGCUGCUGUCCUGGGUGCUAACGCUUCCCUGACGCGCCGUGUUGCGUGCCCCGACGGCAGGCACACCGCUACCAACGCGGCUUGCUGCGCUCUCUUCCCUCUCCGGGACGAUCUCCAGGCCAACCUCUUCGACGGCGGCAAGUGCAACGCUGAGGCGCACGAGUCUCUCCGCUUGACGUUCCACGACGCCAUCGCCAUCUCGCCGGCCCUGGAGGCGCAGGGCAACGGUGGAGGUGCCGACGGCUCCAUCACGAUCUUUUCGCACAUCGAGACGGGCUUCCACCCCAACAUCGGUCUCGACGAGGUUGUCGAGAAGCAGCGGCCUUUCCUCCAGCGCCACAACAUCGGUGUUGCUGACUUCAUUCAAUUCGCCGGUGCCCUCGGUGCGUCCAACUGCGCAGGUGCUCCCCAGCUCAGCGCCUUCGUCGGCCGCAAGGACGCGACUCGCCCCGCCCCCGACGGUCUCGUCCCGGAGCCGUUCCACACGCCCGACCAGAUCUUCGCCCGCAUCGCCGACGCGUCCUCGGGCGAGUUCGACGAGAUCCUGACCGUCUGGCUGCUCACCGCGCACACGAUCGCCGCCGCCAACGACGUCGACCCGACCGUGCCCGGCUCGCCGUUCGACUCCACCCCCGAGAUCUUCGACUCGCAGUUCUUCCUCGAGACGCAGCUCAAGGGCACCGCCUUCACCGGGCGCGGCCCCGUCCAGGGCGAGGUCACGUCCCCGCUGCGCGGCGAGUUCCGCCUGCAGUCCGACUUCGCGAUCGCGCGCGACCAGCGCACCGCGUGCGAGUGGCAGUCGUUCGUCAACAACCAGACUAAGGUCCAGCAGAUGUUCCAGUUCGUCUUCCACGACCUCUCCAUCCUCGGCCAGAACAUCGACGACCUCGUUGACUGCACGGAAGUGAUCCCGAUCCCCAGGCCCCUCACCACCAGGACCCACUUCCCCGCCGGCAUGACCCACCGCGACAUCGAGCAGGCUUGCUUGGAGACCCCCUUCCCCACCCUCCCCACCGACCCCGGACCCCGCACCGGCGUCGCCCCCGUGUAA